AUGGAGAGCCAGAGUCAGGUUUUGGAAAGGCUGCGCACAGCGUUUGAAUCGGGUGUUACAAUACCGGAGAAGUUUCGCAGGACACAGCUGACCAACCUAAUGACCAUGAUCAAAGACAACGAGGAGCAGAUUGUAAACGCGCUGCACAAAGACCUCACAAAGCCAAAAUUUGAGGCCAUCCUGUCUGAGGUUGAAAUAGUGAUGAACGAGCUCCAUUGUGCCCUCGGUAACCUCACAAGCUGGAUGCAGCCGGAGUAUGUGAGCAAAAACUUGUCUUUUUCCUGCAGAGAGAAAUUCCUGGCACCUCCCAGAGAGAUUUCAGGCAGUGCCAAAGGAAAUUCACCACUGCAGAAUGAUGAGAAUGAAUGUAGCAACUUCACUCUGAACGCCACAAAGCUUGAUGAAUGUUUUGUACGGAAGGAGCCUUUAGGAGUUGUGUUGAUCAUCGGGCCGUGGAACUACCCCAUGCAACUUCUCAUCGUACCCUUGAUUGGAGCCAUUGCUGCAGGAAACUGUGCGGUCAUCAAGCCCUCCGAAGUCAGCGCCGCCACAGACAAUCUGAUAAUGGAGCUCAUCCCCAAAUAUCUGUCUAAGGACUGUUAUGCAGUUGUUAGCGGUGGAGCAAAGGAGACCCAAGCCCUUCUGACGAAUCGAUUUGACCACAUUUUCUACACAGGUUCCCAGGCUGUGGCACGCGUUGUCCUCCAGGCUGCUGCAGUCCACUUGACCCCAGUGACCUUGGAGCUGGGAGGCAAGUGCCCCUGCUUAAUAUAUGGUCGGGUGAAUGCCACUGCUGCUGCUCACCGCUUGGUGUGGUCCAAGUUUUUCAAUGCUGGCCAGAGCUGUGUGGCACCGGAUUACGUUCUGUGCUCGAAAGCCACUUGUGAUGCCCUUGUGCCUGCGUUGCGCCAGGUCCUGGAGGACUUCUACGGCAGUGACAUUCAGAAGAGCCCCGAUAUGUCACGCAUUGUAACACCUAAACACUGGACUCGUCUGAUGGGACUGCUCAACAGGACCAAGGGCAAGGUCGUUGUGGGAGGAGAGCAUGACGAGAAGGAUAGGUACAUAGCUCUGACCCGUUGGGGCGUGGACAAGUAA